GCGCGCCAUGAAACCGGAAGUCCCGGCCUGAUUGCGUCCCUUCCCUUAGGAAAGAGGACAGGAUUUUCCCAAAGUGGGUUUGAAAGGACUGGAGGGAGAGCUGUGAACCUGUCUGCAGAAGGAAGUGAUAUUAAACGUGUAGUUUGUGAGUCCUUCUCCCGUUCGAGAAGAUUUAAAGUUUACAGGAGAGUAACUGCUCCUCCGUUUGGCUACUUUAGCAUCACGGUUGUAGAGAGGAGCUCUGGUUCGGCCUCAGAGGAGUCUUCAUCCGCCCAGAGACUGAUGGCUGGCUUCAGCUUGUCGUGCGUUGUGCUUCUUUGUGCGGUUGUGGCGCAGGCAAAGCCGACGAUACGAAAAGAGCGGGUUAUUCGCGACCCAGAACUGAGCAGGCAAGCCCACGAAGACAACAAGAGUUUCCAGUACGACCAUGAGGCCUUUCUGGGUAAAGAGGACGCGAAAACCUUCGACCAGCUCACGCCUGAGGAGAGCAGGGACAGACUUGGGAAAAUCGUAGACCGAAUAGACGGCGACGGAGACGGUUACAUCACCACAGCCGAACUCAAAGACUGGAUCAAACGAGUCCAGAAGCGUUACGUGUAUGAAAACGUGGCGAAGGUGUGGACAGAUUAUGACCUGAACAAGGACAACCGAAUCUCGUGGGAUGAAUACAAGCAAGCCACUUAUGGAUACUAUCUCGCUAACCCUGAGGAGUUUCAGGAUGACAAAGACCAAUUCAGCUUCAAGAAGAUGCUUCCUCGAGAUGAGAGGAGAUUUAAAGCAGCUGAUCUGAAUGGUGACAUGGCAGCAGACAAGGAGGAGUUCACCUCCUUCCUCCACCCGGAGGAGUUCGAUCACAUGAAGGAUAUUGUGGUUCAGGAAACGCUGGAGGACAUCGACAAGAACGGCGAUGGGCACGUGGAUGAGGAUGAGUACAUUGCUGACAUGUUUUCACAUGAGGAGGGCGGUCCAGAACCAGACUGGGUAAAAACUGAGCGGGAGCAGUUUUCAGACUUCCGGGACCUAAACAAGGAUGGAAAAAUGGAUAAGGAUGAAAUCCGCCACUGGAUCAUGCCUCAAGACUAUGACCAUGCCCAGGCAGAGGCCCGACAUCUAGUGUAUGAAUCCGACCAGGAUAAGGACCAGAAGCUGACCAAAGAGGAGAUUCUUGAGAACUGGAACAUGUUUGUAGGAAGUCAGGCCACCAACUAUGGAGAGGAUCUCACCAGGAGCCACGAUGAGCUCUAAAGUGUCUUGAGCACAAGGAGGAUUUUUGAUCAUGAAUCACAGACUUUUGCUCCCAUCGAGGCUCAUAUCAGUCCAUCCUUCCCACUUGUGGGAAUCUCAAACUGAUGCUGUGUGUACAGAUUGAUCAGACUGAUAAGAGUCAGUGAACCACACUAACGUGAGAGGUCUGUUUCAUUCUUGAUUUAGUUUCUGACAUUCAGGAGCAAAGUCAGAGCCAGAGGACUUCCUCAGCAUCAAGUUGUGCCUUCCAGCCUCGUCACAGCAGUCCUCACUGCCUUAGAGAUCUGCAUAGAUGGUCUGAAUCUGUCACUUUCAGGUACAGGAAGAGUUUGUGAUAGAAAUGCUAAUGUGAAAACCUGUUUUAAAGCAUAAAGUAUGGUUCUAUUUAUUAAGCCGUUUUCUUUAAAAGUUAGUUUAAGAGCUAUAGUUUUUUGUUAAAUACAGUGUUUGUUUACACUUUCAUAAAUCUGUUUACUUUUUAAAAAUGCUUUAACAUAUUAGCUAACUUGUUAUGUGGCAUGGGGUUUUUGCACACAUCUGAUUUUGAUUUAGCCUGUGAACAACCUUUUUCUGCCUUUUUUAAGUUGUAUUUAUUUGUGUCCUUUCUGCAUGUUCUUGUUAAAUAGUAAAAUUAAACUUUUUCUUUCCUUUCACCAUAUAAGUUAGAAAUUUCUUUACUUGCUAUUGUUUAUUUUUUUAAUGGUCCAAUGUAGAAAAACAACGCAGUGCUAGUUGCUUGGUUUCAUCCUGUGUUUAAUAUAAUAAGUGUUUUAGAUGCUCUUGCCUUUCUGCUUUGUGAAUGUGGAUUUUAGCUCAUUUUUGCUCAUUUUGUUCAAACAAUAGUUCAAUGAAUGCAUAGAAUAAAUCAAGAGGACUAAAUUGUCAUAUCAUGUUCCAUGGCUUGUGAUUGUUGUCUUAGUUUUUUUUGGUUAACGCUCCUUUUUUGUGACACGAACAUGACCACAAACUUUAAUAAAAUAAGAGGUACCUUGUACUGCAGGA